AUGUCGUUAUGUUGGAAGAAGUCACGAGUUUCACAAAGUAACGUCUUGCUUGUAUGGAUUUACUUCUUAUUUGCAAACGGGCGCAUCAGUCAAUCGGCUCAUGCAAUAGUGCAUAAAGGUGUUGCCGAGCCUGGACAAAGUUUAUCUGAGAGUGAUGUAAUCACUCUUGGAAAAGUACCAUCUCUUCAAGACGUCACGGGCUUAGAUCAAAGGAAAUCUGCAGCCAGCUCUCAUGGCUCCGAAAAGACUUCGCGUGGGAAGUUUGCAUUGGUGCCGAAAUUAUCCCAAGAAGUAAAUGCCACCCGUUCUGGAGCAAGAAAACCUCGAUGCGGUGUGCCGGAUCUGGGAGGUAUAUCUUCAAUGAGACCUGGUGACAGAAGACAGAAGCGGUACUCCAUCGACUGGACGAGAUGGACCAAGAAACAUUUGACGUACAGAAUUGUGAAUUAUCCAUACCACUACCGGAUGACUGAGGACCAAGUGGACGAUUCACUAGGUAGAGCCUUUAAACAAUGGGAAGAGGCUACCCCCUUGUCAUUUCGGAGAAUAACCAAUGGGCACGCAGAUAUUCACAUCAAGUUCUCAACAUGGAACCACAACUGCCCUUACGACUUUGAUGGUAUCAACGGGACCAUAGCCCAUGCAUUCGUGCCGAACGGCUUGCACGGUGAUUUAGACGGAGACGUACAUUUUGAUGAUUCUGAGGUCUUCACAUACCGGGGACAUGAUGGCUACAACUUGUUUCAGGUUGCUCUCCACGAACUUGGUCACAGUCUUGGCUUGCAGCACUCAUGGACAGAGGGCGCUAUAAUGGCACCAGACUAUACCGGUUACAUGCCAGGCCUGAAGCUGCAGGAGGAUGACAUUAGAGCUGCACAACUACUUUAUGGUACUUUGGACAGAAACCAGCAUCACGGUGACCCUCGGUCUCCUUGCAAUAAGGGGUACGACGCUACUGCAAUGAUUGACGGGAUUCUCUUUGCAUUUAAGGAUCGUCGGUUUUGGCGAAUCAGCCGGUAUGGGAAGCUUAUAGCGCCCUCUGCUGGUCUCCCCAUUCGCAAGAGAUUCUUAAAACUUCCGAGGAUGAUAGAUGCAGUGUAUCAACGACCCCAGGACGGCCAUGUUGUAUUUUUCAAAGGAUCUAACUAUUGGUUGUAUAAAGGUAAACACGCACUGCCGGGAUAUCCGCGCCAUGUGGAUGAGAUGGGGAUACCUCAAGAUAUAGAUGCAGUAGUACCGUUAAGAAGAUACAAUACAACAUACUUUUUUAAGGAUCAUCAGGUAUGGCGGUAUGACGAAGCGUACCAGCAAGUAGAAUACGGGUAUCCUUAUCACAUUUUGGAUGUUUUUGAGGGUAUACCUCCCUAUAUCGACGCUGCCUUCGACUACACAGAUGGUUACACGUAUUUCAUCCAAGGCAAGAGUUAUUUCCGAUACAACAACCAGUACCGAAACGCAGAUCCCGGGUUUCCUCGAUACUUCGGCAGUGACUUCAUGGGUUGCUGA